AUGGUAAUGACACAAAACUCUUCAAUUCUCUAUCAAAACGCCUCUAGCACAGUUUUCCUAAUCGACAUUCCGGCAUCCAUUGCACUAGCACAAGAAUUAUCACUGGCAUCACAAGCUGAUGUACCCAGCGACUUUAUCAGUUUAAUCUCCACAGAACCACCGAAAAAAAAACAAAGACGCAUUUUAUCAACUCCAGCAUUAAAAACACCAUACCCGGCAUCCUUUGAGCCGAAAUCAGAGGCUGCGCGGGCGAAAGUUCUCGCACGGAUCCCGCGUUCUGAAAUCCAUGAGGAGAUAUCCCCUUUACUGUCCAAUGCCCUAGAAGAUAUUCGGAGUCAUUAUUGCCAGGACUCGGAGUGGUGUCUCCCAAGAUUUCUUUUAAAAGAGGAUGAACCUAAAGAGCCUGAUAAUGAAAUCGACCGCUCCGCGUGGCUAGCCAGCAUACGAUCUGGGAAGAGUGACAGGGGGAAGAAAAGAAGAGCGCAGGAUAGAAAUGCCGCAAGGAAUGACCAUGACGAAGAUGACGAUAACUUUCAUCCUGAAUAUUUUCCUCCGCCAUCUAGCCGGCAAGGCUUUCCAAUCGAUACUCAGUCUCAAUCUCAACCGCCUCUGGUUUUAUCGCCGGGGAGAAACAGGUUCGAAAACGGAGCGGAGCUAUGCAACAAUCCUGUGAAAAAUACAUCUCCGGAAACUGCAAUUGUCGAAAUCCACAGCGUAUUCGCGGUAAAAUCGCUUAGAGGCUGUAAGGUUGAUACUGAGAAGCAGGAGCGCAUUCAGUUCUUCAUCGUACCACCUCUGUCGAAGUUCAUACUAUGCAACCUACCAAUAUCAACACCGUUAACGGGCACGGAACACGACAAUCCAAAUCCGAUCCCAGGUCUGGCCUCAGACCAAAAGUUCAACCUCAUUGUAAUGGAUCCCCCGUGGUCUAAUAAAUCCGUACGUCGCAGCGGCUAUUACGAAACACGGACCUACCUUGACAGUGAGCUGCUGAUGGCGUAUAUAUGUGCCGUGCUCACAGUACACUCACAUUCGCCUUUACAAAAUGAAGAUUUGACCCCUGAGAGUAAAUGCAACCUAUCUAUUGCCGCUAUAUGGAUUACCAAUUCGGCCAGAGCAAGGGAGGCAGCGUACGGCGGGCUCGCUGGGGCAGGCUUCUCAGUUUGCGAAGAAUGGAUAUGGGUUAAGACGGCUGUUGAUGGCCAAACAGUAACGCCAAUCGAGGGCGUCUGGCGCAAACCAUAUGAGAUCCUUGUCAUAGGGAAGAGGAGGCCUGGCUCUAUAACCGGAGCUGGCGGCGAUGGCAUUUUGAGACGGGUUAUUGCUGCUGUCCCGGAUGUUCACUCUCGGAAGCCGAAUUUAAAGGAGGCGUUUGAGAGGACUCUUUUAACACCACUGUCUGAUACCACUCCUGUGCACUAUUCGGCACUGGAGGUGUUUGCUCGGAAUUUGACUGCUGGGUGGUGGGCCUGUGGUAAUGAAGUGCUUAAGUUUAAUUCGGAAAAUUGGUGGUCUGAUGAGUGA